AUGCUAUAUUCUCCUUCUCAUCUCCAUCUCCAAGAGCAUGGGCUAAUUAUUCGUGCCAUCUGCCAAGCUGCGGGUCUGACGGAACUGGCACUCUUUUGGGGAUACCCCUCAUACUCUCGCAUGUACGCUUACGACCAUAUCUCGAGCGAACUAGAUCAUGAACUCUACUGGCCCAUGCCUGACUAUGAGCAAGGUCAAAGUCCAGACGUGGAAUCAUCCGCUGCAGAGUCUGAUAACGAGCAGUUCAUGGGCUCGAAUGGCGCCCAAGAAUCGCGUAGGACUAAAAGAAAGCGUCCCUUGAUGGUCUCAUGCGAAUUGUGUAAGCAAAGAAAAGUCAAGUGUGACCGAGCUCAACCAAGCUGCGGGUGGUGCGCGCGUAAUGGGCAAACUUGCGAAUAUAAAGAGCGCAGGAAACCAGGCUUGCGAGCGGGUUACGGAAAGGAACUGGAACAAAGACUCGACCGGCUCGAGGCGAUUAUACAGACACAAGCUCAAUUGAUCGAGACACAUAUCAUACGCAAUCAACACUUACAACACGACAACCACAAUCAAUGUCAAGAACCACGAUUACCUUCCUAUGUCUCUCAUACCUCACCGUCGGAGCUCUCAGCAGCAACGGGACCCAGUCCCCAAAAUUCAGUAUUUCCUGGGGAGCCAUCGGCAUAUCCAAUAGCGCAAAGACUAGCCAACUCAACCCUCAGUCAUCACAAUGCGACAGGCGGUAGUCCAUCAGCAAUGUCUGCUAAAAUACAUCACACUCCCAUGGUCUCCAACGGAAUUUCUCACUCUACUCCACACUCUCAAGUUCCGUCAGUUCCUGACCGAACAGGUACCGACUUCUCUCACAACGAUUCCUCAUUGACUGUUCCUGUCAGCUUGUUCAAUAAUCAAGAGCAGUCGCUAUCAAAUUCCGAGCUUGAAUUACCCCCUUAUGAUUUACUCUAUGCACUAGUUGAUCUAUACUUUGAGCACGUCAAUAGUUGGUGCCCCAUCCUGCAUCGCCGAACUACUUUAGAUACUCUGUUCGGACCGUCUCCGUUGGAGGAAGCGGACCGCGUGGUUCUUCAUGCCAUUGUUGCAACGGCUCUACGGUUUUCUCUCGACCCGAGACUGAAUGAGGCGAACCGGAAGCGCUAUCAUGAAUCGUCGAAACAGCGAGUUCUGCUUUAUGGUAUCGAGAACUCUUCAGUUAAAGCCAUUCAAGCGUUAGUCAUUUUGUCACUGGAUUUUGUUGGCUCUUCGAACGGACCACCGGGUUGGAAACUUUUGGCUCUGAUAGCCCGUUCGGUUGUUCAAAUAGGCUUAGCUGUGGAAAGGAAUUCGGGCCUUGAUGCGUCAAUUUAUCCGUCCAUCUAUACUUUAAGAGCCAAUGUCCUACCUGACUCUGAGACAUGGAUUGAAGACGAGAGCCGUAGGCGCCUAUUCUGGAUGGUCUAUUUACUGGAUCGAUACUCAACCAUAGCUACGGCAUUUGACUUUGCUCUGGACGAAAAGGAAAUUAAUCGGAAACUACCUUGCCGAGAAGAAUACUUCAUCGGAAACCAGCCGGUUGAGACAAGAUGGUUCCGUGCCGCGGGAGAUCACGGGAAUCAUUCUAAUCACGGAGACAAUGUAGAUUCCUUUGGAUUUUAUAUCGAGAUUCUAAGCAUACUUUCGCGCAUACACCUGUUCCUUAAGCGGCCAGUGGAUAUUGGGGCGCUUUCAGACGUGGAAGAAUGGCAAGCAACCUAUCGCAAGCUGGAUAACGAACUCUCUGCGUGGGAGUUCAAUCUCCCUACUGAAUAUGCUUUUGGAAAUGCAUCACGUUUAUUACAAAGCAUGAAAAGAAAAAAGGGACUUCAAUGUGACUGGGUGAUGCUUCAUGCUACAUAUCAAACAACUGUGAUUCGCCUUCAUUCUUCCGCCGCAUAUCCCACUACACGAUCUCCCAUAUUCACACCCUCCUAUAGUGCCAGUCAACGCUGCCUACUAGCGGUCGAUAACAUUUUGACGCUGACCCGACUCGUUGUCGAGAACAACAUGCUUGACAAACUUGGUCCGCCAUUCGCCUUUUCUCUUUGGGUUUCAGCCCGGUUAUUACUCGUUCAUGGAUCAACAAUUGCUCACACAGUGAGUCCAGAUAUCUAUCUGUUUGUGGACACACUGGCGCAAAUGGGCCGUCACUGGAAAGUCGCAGAACGAUAUAGCACGAUUCUAAAGCGAGUCCUCGAUGAGUAUAGUGAAUAUGAGCAAACGGCAGGCACCGAAAGCGAGCGCGUCACACCGUCUUCUGUCAAGAUAUUAGCGGAUAUGCGACGUUGCGCUUUUGACCUCGAUUUUUUGAUCUCCCGACAGCCACAGCAUGGUCCCAAAAGUAGCGCUGCAUCCAACUCAAAUGGAUUGGUGCCAUUGCAGUCUGCUAAUUCUUCAGAAAGACAGAACGCAGACGCUGAUGGCUCUCUUCUGAUGAGUCGAAGCUUAACAAACACCGACUUUGAAUAUCUUGACGUAUUCGGAUUCUUCAAUGUGCCUCGCGUACCAAACAUGCCAACACCAUUAUCAGCACUGGGUAUGACUUCACCUGACGGAAAUGGUAAUAACACCAACAACACUAAUGGCUUGAGCACGACUAAUCCCAUGUCUAUAAAUGGGCCCACGACGAUGGCAAACAAUAAUGAAUUUAAUAUCACGAAUUAUCUAGUGCCAACCCCUGAGACGGAUUGGCUAUUUCCGCAACCUCAUAGUUAA